UAAAAUAUCAUGUGUCUCUACAACUUUUAAUUCGCAAAAAGAUAGUUGGGAAAAUAAUAGUUAAAAGAAAUGAUUUGUAUAAAAACUCAAAAUGUAGUGGAUCCCCCUUUCACAUUUCUUUGUGUUGUUGCAAGUUGAGUGGUUACAUUACAGGACAUAAAUAUCCUGUGAUUUUUGGAAAUUUUUUCUGGGUUCUGAAAAUUGGAUGAAAUUUUGAGUUAGUUGAGAAAUGGGAAGGCUUUUUGUGGUCAAUUUGGAAGGGAGGAUCUACAGUUGCAAGUACUGUAGGACCCAUCUUGCUGUCACUGAAGAUAUCGUUUCCAAGUCUUUUCACUCCAAGAACGGGAAGGCUUAUCUCUUCCGCAAGGUUGUGAAUGUGACCCUUGGAGAGAAAGAUAAUAGAGUGAUGAUGACUGGGAUGCAUACUGUGGCUGAUAUAUUCUGUGUGGGAUGUGGAUCAAUUGUGGGAUGGAAAUAUGAGACUGCUCAUGAAAAGAGCCAGAAGUACAAAGAAGGGAAAUCCGUCCUUGAACGGUUGAAGGUAUUCGUCCCUGAUGGUAGCAACUAUUGGGUUGCUCAUGAAGCACAUGUUGGUGGCAGUGACACGGAUGUUGUUUAGUUGCAUAUUGAUUGCAGCCAAUUGUACAUAAUUUAACCCCUUAAAAUCUUUCAAUUGAACUUGAGGAUUCCCAGAUUGUUUCGCCACAUUAACAUAAACGGGAAUCCUCCAUUGUUUAGGAAUUUCUGUAUUUAUGUAUGAUGUUCAAUCUGUCUGUAAAUUAUCCCUGUGUCAAAACAAUUUAUGUUCAAUCAACAAUCUUUGUGCUUGUUA